CAUAGUCGUCUCCAGACUCCAUCCCUUCCCCCCCUUUUUUUUGCCUCUCUUCUCACCGUGCCAAAACCCUAGAGCUCUCCUCCCUCCUCUGUACUCACCUUCCGGCGGCGCACCAGGCGGGCUCGAGGGCGGAGUGGGAGACGGGCGGCGACUCCGGGCGGCCGCGGGCGGCGGCGAGGGCGGGGACUCUCCUGGCGGCCCAGUCGGCAAGGACGUAGGGGGCAGCGAGCAGACCAAUUUUUUCUCCUUCCACUCCUCUUCAAAUCAAGUUGGUUAGCUCAAGAUCUGUGAUGAACGACCAAGCUUCCUUUUAGAUCUUCUGUUUAUUCUCCUUGCUUAACCUAAACUAUGACUGGUAAACAAACCUAGAGAAGAUACAAAGGAAAUAACGGCAUAAACUUUUGUUUUGCAAAAGAUUAACAGUGGCUUACCAUGGCUGGAACUCGGCAGACAACUUCAGUUCCGAUGGAUAAUGCAGCAGUUGUUGAUGCAAAACCCUUGCGCACAUUGACUCCCAUGUUCCCUGCGGCACUUGGUCUGCACACUUUCACUGCUAAAGAAAACUCAUCUUCGAUUGUCUGUAUUACCCCGUUUGGACCAUAUGCUGGGGGCACUGAACAGGCAAUGCCUGCUAGUAUUCCACCAAUGUUUGCAUCACCGGCUGCCCCUGCAGACCCCAACCAGAGGCAGCCAUAUGCUGUUCACUUGAAUGGAGCUGCUCCUGCUAACGGUACAGCAAACAACACAGGGGUCAUCCCUGAUUUGCAAAUAGCUGUGGCAGGUACAGUGGAAUCUGCUAAGAGGAAGAGGGGCAGACCCAAGCGCGUGCAAGAUUCUUCUGUUCCUUCAGCUCAUUUGGUUCCUUCAGCUCCAGGAGGUAACAUCACUGCUGUCCAGACGCCUCCUUCAGCAACCACAGAUGAAUCUGGUAAGAAGAAGAGGGGACGGCCCAAGCGGGUACAAGAUGUACCUGUCCUGUCAACUCCUUCAGCUCCUCAGGUAGAUAGUACAGUUUUUCAGACACCUGCUUCUGCUGUAAAUGAAUCUGUUACGAGGAAAAGGGGACGACCCAGGCGUGUACAGGAUGGUGCAGAUACUUCAGCUCCUCCAAUUCAAUCAAAAUAUAAUGAGCCUGUUUUGCAGACACCUUCUGCUGUCACCUUACCAGAAGAUGGUAAGAGGAAGAGAGGGCGGCCAAAGCGUGUGCCUGAUGGUGCACUGAUUCCUUUAAGUCACUCAGGUGUUUCGAUAGAUGAUGACAGUGGUGAAAUAAUAACAGGGAAACGUGGACGGCCUAGGAAAAUUGAUGUCAAUCUUCUGAAUCUGCCAUCUUUGUUUUCAGAUGAUCCUAGGGAAUCUGUUGAUAAUGUACUCAUGAUGUUUGAUGCACUGCGGCGGAGGCUCAUGCAGUUGGAUGAGGUGAAGCAAGGAGCAAAGCAGCAACAUAACUUAAAGGCCGGGAGUAUCAUGAUGAGUGCUGAACUUCGUGCAAAUAAGAACAAGAGGAUUGGAGAGGUUCCAGGUGUCGAGGUUGGUGAUAUGUUCUACUUCAGAAUAGAGAUGUGUCUGGUUGGACUGAAUAGUCAGAGCAUGUCUGGGAUUGAUUACAUGUCUGCUAAGUUUGGUAAUGAGGAGGAUCCUGUGGCUAUCAGUAUCGUGUCAGCUGGUGUGUAUGAGAAUACCGAAGAUGACCCAGAUGUGCUGGUUUACACUGGACAGGGCAUGUCUGGAAAGGAUGACCAAAAGCUUGAAAGAGGUAAUCUUGCACUUGAAAGGAGUUUGCAUAGAGGUAAUCAAAUCAGAGUUGUUCGUAGUGUAAGAGAUUUGACUUGUCCUACUGGUAAGAUAUACAUUUAUGAUGGCCUUUAUAAAAUAAGAGAAGCAUGGGUGGAGAAAGGAAAAACUGGCUUUAAUGUGUUUAAACACAAGCUGCUCAGAGAACCUGGUCAACCUGAUGGCAUAGCAGUGUGGAAGAAGACUGAAAAAUGGAGGGAGAAUCCUUCCUCUCGAGACCAUGUUAUAUUGCGUGACAUAUCAUAUGGUGCAGAAAGCAAGCCUGUUUGCCUUGUGAAUGAAGUGGAUGAUGAGAAAGGUCCUAGCCACUUCAACUACACAACUAAACUGAACUACAGGAAUUCUCUCAGCUCAAUGAGAAAGAUGCAAGGCUGCAAUUGCGCAAGUGUGUGCCUUCCUGGUGAUAACAACUGCUCUUGCACUCAUCGAAAUGCCGGUGAUCUUCCAUACAGUGCUUCAGGCAUACUUGUUAGCCGGAUGCCUAUGCUGUAUGAGUGUAACGAUUCCUGUACAUGCUCACAUAAUUGCCGGAACCGAGUUGUACAGAAAGGUUCUCAGAUCCACUUUGAGGUGUUUAAGACAGGAGAUCGAGGUUGGGGACUUCGUAGUUGGGAUCCAAUUCGGGCAGGCACAUUUAUUUGUGAAUAUGCAGGAGAAGUUAUUGACAGAAACAGUAUCAUUGGAGAAGAUGAUUACAUCUUUGAGACACCGUCUUCUGAGCAGAAUUUAAGAUGGAACUAUGCACCAGAAUUACUGGGUGAACCCAGUCUUUCUGACUCAAGUGAGACACCUAAGCAACUGCCAAUAAUUAUCAGUGCAAAACGAACUGGAAACAUAGCUCGCUUUAUGAACCACAGCUGCUCACCAAAUGUUUUUUGGCAACCAGUUUUGUAUGAUCAUGGUGACGAGGGAUAUCCACAUAUCGCAUUCUUUGCAAUCAAGCAUAUUCCUCCGAUGACAGAGCUUACAUAUGAUUAUGGUCAGAGCCAGGGUAAUGUUCAACUGGGAAUCAAUUCUGGAUGUCGGAAGUCCAAAAACUGCUUAUGUUGGUCUCGCAAGUGCAGAGGUUCCUUUGGCUAAAAUGCGAACCCUGCAACAAAAACAUUAAAGCAUAAUCUGCCAUUGCAAGAUCCAUGUCGAUUAACAGAUAUUGGCAAUGUAUUCCAUCUCCAUUCUGACAAAUUGAACUGUCCUUACCUACAGAAGUAGGCGAUUGUUGUAGAACUAUGAAGCAGCAGGGUGCAUUCAGUGUUUCAAGAUGCCAUGUAAUAAGGUUGGCCUUCGUCUGGAUGAGAAUGCAAAAGAGGGUAUUUAUUGCAGAAAGCAUUGGCAUUGUACCAAACUUUAUUGGAAUAACUAGUAUUUAGCGUAGCAUCUGAAUUCCGAGAAGGUUGGAACCGUGUUACUAUGUUCUUGUAGUGUAGUUGUUUCUCCUGUUUAAGAGAACUUUACCAACUGUAGAAUGCCAUGCAUAUGGUUGCAUCGCAAGAUUUUCCUGGGCUUCGCAUGCCAGUCGUGCACUCGCCGUAUGUUUUUCUGUAAUAUUAAUGGCUACAUAAUGCAUCCUGUAAUAAUCAUGGUAGUAGCUCCAGUCAUCUGCUGAGGUUGAAAUGAUACAGAGACCUGUUGCAUAUGGUGAUUAUGCUGUUAGCUGA